AAAGAGAGGGCCGACCACAGUUUGAAGUUUUCCUCGGUACAACAUCACCACAUUCUGCACUUCAGCAUUUCUCGACUUUCGACAGCACAGCUGGGGAGGGCUAACUUCUCAUAACAGCACAGAUAAUGGACAGAGGGGGAAGAAAAGAAAGAAGGAGACUCUACGCAGCGCUAUUUUCAUUUGAACUUAAAGUAUUUGGUCACUGAAAGAGAGACAACAGCAGAGAGUUGAAUGCGCACUGAUAAAAGGAGAGGAUUUUUUUCAGGACAGCAACAUUGUGGAUAGUCUCUACUACAGAUUAAACUCGAAGGAAUAUACUGGAGUGAGUCAGAGGAAAAGAAAGGGACUGCAAAAACCACAAGGCUAAGGAUUACAAACGCCACAGAGACAAAGCCCUUCUCCACCUCAUCUCCCAUAACCACCUUCCAGCCUCCGAACACCUCGCCUUCUCUCAUCACCACAAAGAUCAGUGAGAUGAACAUGAACACGACCUCUUACUCCAUAUCUGGGCAUCCAAACCCCCUGCAGAUCCCGUUGGCGGUGCUCUACUCUAUAAUCUUCAUCCUGGGUCUGACUGGGAACUUGGUUGCUCUGUGGGUUUUCUUCUGUGUUCACUCAAAGAAGAACUCUGUGCGGGUGUUUCUCAUAAACAUAGCUUUUGCAGACUUGCUGCUGGUGGCCUGCCUACCGUUCAGGAUACUCUAUCACAGCCAAGGUGACAAAUGGGCUCUACAUCCCAUCUUGUGUAAAGUAGUCGGCAACCUCUUCUACAUGAACAUGUACAUCAGUGUCACGCUGCUGGGGCUGAUCAGUGUGGAUCGCUACCUGAAGAUCCACCGCAGUGCAGGGAUGCAGCACAGUCUGCAGUCCACAAAGUGGAGCAGUGCCCUCUGCACGGUCGUCUGGAUUACAUCCUUUGUCACGUCUUCAGCAUUUCUGAUCCCAAACAAAGACCAACACAAUAACCUGCAGAACAACACGCAGACUAACAGGUGUUUCCACUACAAGAAGCUCAUUGGAGUGGAGUGGAAAGCCUACAUCAACAUCUUUGUGAUAAUGGUCUUCUGGCUUGUAUUCAUCUCUCUGGUGGUGUCUUACGGAAAGAUUGCCACCAGGCUUCUGAGAACAUCAGAGGAGAAAUCAGACCUGCCCAAUGCAGCGCGCUACGCUCGAAUAGCCAGGAAGUCCUUCUUCAUCCUCUUCGUCUUCACUGUCUGUUUUGUCCCCUAUCACAUAGUCAGGGUGUUCUACAUAAAAACUCAGCUCACACCCAACAUCCCACCUUACUGGGAGGAUGUGGCUGACAAGGCCAAUGAGGUGGCUCUGGUAUUUUCUGCCCUCAACAGCUGCCUGGAUCCUGUUAUGUAUUUCCUGUUAUCCUCGUCGGUGAGGAAGGAGGUGCUGCACCUGGUGGGCAGCGUGUUUUGUGUGCAAGAUGUCGCUGGAGUCAGCGGGAGCAGCUCCACCAUGGACAUGGACGGCAGGAACGAGAGAGUUAACAAAGAACAGGCAAACAUCAGCUUAACCAGCAAUCUGAAGGAAAAGGCAGAUACUGAAUCCAACCUGGCUGGGCUGUGAAGGUACUCUGAGACAGCCAUCGACUGCACCGUGAACAUGACAGCAACCAUGCAGCCGAUCCAGGGGACAGUGGCAGCAGAGUUCACAACACAUGCAUCUAUUCACUGCCGUCAAAACUAUUCAGGAACUAAUUUUUCUGGGAGGACACUGAACGACCACUUUGUCAGCAGUGAACACACGUACCAGUUAUAAAACACAUGGUCUACAUUGGUCUGUCUCUGCAUAUGUUUUACCGUAUUAUCUGGCUACAGUUAUAUAGCAACUGGGUCCUUUUGCUAAAGCUGUCCAUACUGACUGUGUCAUGCAGCUUACCAUCAUUUAUUUUAAGCUACAGUCCUGUAUAUAUCUGUGUGGUGGGAUCAGAGUUGAUGUCACAGUUUUAAACAUUCUGUUUUAACAUUGUGGAAAACAUGGUUCUGUCAUGCACAAAUAGAUAAAAACACUUAUUUUCAUUAUUAAAUAUCCUGUCAAUUUCUUUUUUUUUUUUCCAAUAAAGUGCUUAAUGGUUUAGUCUAGAGGUCGUGCAGCUCUGUGAGGCUACACUUACAGGCACAGUGGUGCUUGAGCUAAAUGCUGAAUGUCAUCACUGCUACAGGUAUUUGAUCAUAAACCACAGUAUUGGACCUGAUGAUGGUGCUAGAGGAAAAGUCGGAGGACCACAGACAUCACUAGGACGAAAUGUCUGAAACAAAUUUGUGCCAAUUUGUCUCAUACAUGUUAAGAUAUUAAACAGGAUGUGUGAGAACUGAGGACUGCUGGUGGUGGCUCAGGAAAAGUCAGGGGAUCUCCAAAGUCACCAAAGUGGUGGACGGACUGAACGAUCCAUACAUCCAUACAACCAAUGUCCCUGAGCUUCAAAUAGCUGAAAUUAGAGGAGCUGAAACCAGAGAAUGGUUCAUGGUGUCUUUUUCUUGAUAAAUGAUUUAAACGAUUAAUCUAUUACCUAUCUAUCAAAUCAUUGUUUCAGUUCUAAAGGAGACUUCUUGUGCAGUCGAGCAACAGCUAAUCUUCUUAUUUUUCACUCUAUUAAUCUCUUUUUUUAAACUUUAUUUAAAUAAAAACAAUUGACCCUGUGGCACCAUUUUCACUGAGCAACAAACAACACUGAAGAAGAGAAGACGGCAACUUUGCAGACAACAUCAAACCCUGGACUUUCAUGACAAAUUGCGAUAGUGAUCACAAGCUUACAGAGAACCCAGAAGCACGAGGUCUUACUGAUAAAAUACCACUCUGCAAAUGU